UUGUAUUUUUAUUUCUCUCUUUCCAUUUAUGAAUAAUAUAUAUAUUCCUCUUAUUUAUUUUUACCAAUCCGCAAAUCGAAAGGACUAACAUUAUCCCCGUACCAUAGAAAUAGUCUCAUAGUCGUAUUUUCGCACGAUUAAUCGAGUGAAAGUUUUCAAGUACCAUAAAAGAAGGAUUCGAAGAGAAGGAAAGAUGGUGCCGUCUCGUUUCCGUGCACUCCUCCCUGUCGAUGAGUUUACUAGUUUGUGCGAGUGGAGAUUCGUGUGUUUGAUCGGGGAUCGUUGAGGAAUCCUUUAACAAAAAAUAUCAAAAGUAAAGAAGUAAGGAAGGAAGGAAGGAAAGAAGAAAAAAUAUUCUCAAAUAUCGAGGAAAAGAAGGAUUAAAAAAACAAAGAUGUCAUCAAGUGGAGAAUUUUCAACAUUGUCAAGCGGUGAGGCCACUGGAACCGGUGAUGAUUCCUUGCCAAGUUCUCGCGAAGCAACAGCUGAAGUUGCUGGUUCUACAGGUGGUUUCAUACCUUUGCGGGAUUUCCUGGACAGAUUUUCAUUACCGAGAGUUGUCAGAGUCGAGGGUGCAGGUGGACGUCCUAUUUUACUAUACAAACAACAACAAAGAUCACUCAGGGUAACCGCAACUUUGUUGAUGCAUCGUUAUCGUCACGAUGUCAAAGUUGGACCAGAAAUUGUCAUACCAGAAGGAUAUCCUGGAUGGUUUUCGGUCGUGUCAAACAACAGCGGUACCGGAAGUGCACGUGUAUACAGAAGAGUCGGUGCUUUGGUACGAGCCGGUGUGCCGGCUUUUCUACUUGCAAAGCCACUAAGGGCUUAUACACUAACACAUUCGAAGAUGGAAAAUGGAAAUUUACGGGCACAUUACACGAAGACCACCGUAAGGGCUGGCGAGGUACUACGUUUGACAGCUGUUUUCCAAGACACACGACGUGCACCAGUUUCAAACAGUGGCAUAUCCGGUGUGAUAGCUGGCAUUCCGGAUGGCAAAAGUUCAAGAUCGUCUGAGAGAGAUCAGUACGCCCAAUGUUUAGAUUCUCACGGACACGAGCUAUUUGCACAGCUCUCAGCAAGAGGAGAAUUUUAUGCCACCUGUCAAGGUGGUACCCUUGAUACUGGAAGUGAUGCAGUUCUUUAUAGAGUUCAUCAAUUAGCUAGGAGAGAUUUACCACUUAGGGUACGUUUAGUUGCUGGGCCUUUACCAAUACCAUUACCACGAGAUUAUAGUGGAUUGAUGCAAUUAGAAGGUGCAACGAAGGGACCAAUAGUAUUGGGAUGUGCAGUACCAUUAAUGCCUGAACGACCUUUGCCAAAUUCAACUGUACCAGAAUUACUGGAACUCGUAGCUACUGGUCCAACUGCGCCAAGGGUGAAAAGAGCACGAUUAGGGUGUCCUUCCGAAGCGAGAUUAUUGGCUUCACCGAAAAUGCAACGAUUGUUAUCGGCAUGCAGAAGAGCAUUGGAUCAAAGAGCAACUGAACCACGCGUGGCACCACCUAAACCAUGUAUCAACGGUGGCCAAUUGAAAGAAUUAAAUUUAAAGGAAAUCAAAUCUAAGCCCGAACCUAAACCGAUACUUCAAAGUCUUAAAGAAGGUUUAGAAAAUAUUAAAAGAAGUACGAUACGUGAUCGUAGCAAUGGGAGAAACGUUAAUAAUAAUAAUAAUAAUAAUAAUACUGGUUCAAACAAUCAUCACAGUUUCUUAGAUAAAAUCUCUAGGAUAGCCCAAGGCGGUAGAAGCCGUAAUCCAGCGAAAAAGUCAGCGUCCUUCACCUUCGCCGUGAGACCGGAAAUUGGUAUGAGAUCGCCAGAAAGAUACGCGAGUCUUGAGUCGGAAACGAAUCUCACGCAUGGGUCGGGUUCUUCUUCAAGGCACCAGGUUCAAAGAUCGAUCUCAACUAGUGUACUAGAAGUUCAGUCACAGGCUGAUGCAGCAGCCGAUCCUCCUUAUUCCAAGGUCAGGGAUAGUUUAACCCCAUUGCCACCGCCUACACCACCACCGAGAACCGAAGACAUUUAUGCUGAAAUCUGUGAGCCACCGGACAGAAACAUUUUUCGUGAUUUUACGAAAGAAGACAAACCACCCCCACCACCACCGAUAAGUAAACAUCAAUCACAGGGUGGUAGUGGUACUGGUGGUUGUUCUAGUGGUAGUGGUACAAGGGAAAAAGACAGGGGUUACGUUAAAUUGGCACCAACGCGAUCGGAACAUUCAGACGUUUCAACGAAUACAAUUAACGGAGACGAUGAAGGAAUUUACAACACUGUCUGUUGAUAUAAUUAUACUUAUUUUUUCUCUUCUCCUCGAUUAACAAUCGGUAAAGUAGAAUGUUAAGUGAAGAAGAAGAAGAAGAAGAAUGAGUGAGUGAGUUAGUGAGUUAGCUAAUCGAAGAUUGGCCAGAACAUAGAAAAUAGUAGAAAACCCUAAAAGGAUGUGAGAGAGAGAGAAAGAGAAAUUAAUAAUGAGAUUGGAUAGUCGAUGAGAUGAUGGUUGCUAGAAACGUGGACAUCCUCGACUAGUAAGAUGGUCCGAGAGUAAGAACAGGAAAGAUUUGCAAGCAAGGCCGUUGACCGAAGAAAAUCAUCCUGUAAUUACAGACUCGCGGACGAGCGCAACGGAUAUAGCGGUUUUCUCCGAAGAUGGCUUUCGCAAUCAGGCUUCCGGUAUUACGGCGAUACUGUCGUCGAGAGAGAGACUACCUCAUAAGAGUUCAAUGAAAAUAAACGCGCAUUUACGUUUUAGUUUAUGGGAGGAAUUUCUUGCCUGCCCAUGCGAAAAACGCGUUACAUCCAAUAGGAAGAAAAAAAAAAAAAAAAAAAAAA